GAGGGAGUAGCCUGCCUGAACUCUCUGUCAACCGGAACAGGGGGAGGCACGGAGACGAAGAUGACGGAGGAAACGUAGUCGGAGCAUCGGGUCUCCACUCCGAGAAGCUCCGGCGGUCGCACUAGUCUCUAUCUCGGAAGCUCAACCCGGAGCAAAAAAGAUGAGCACACACGAUUCUGAACAUGGACACAUCAUCGAAGUGUGUGGAGAUGUGUCAGCCAUGGAAACGAGCCAGGUUGGUAGUAAGGUAUGCGCAGAGGCACCUUGUGGUUUUUCAGACGCUAGAAAUAGUUCGAAAGAUGCAAGAGAGAGGUCAACCUCGAUGAAGAAACUUUUGAUUGUGGUUGUGCUUUGUGUGAUCUUCAUGAGCGUAGAAGUAGUUGGUGGUAUUGAAGCCAACAGUCUUGCCAUUCUCACGGAUGCGGCGCAUUUGCUGUCGGAUGUUGCUUCAUUUGCAAUAUCCUUGUUCUCUCUUUGGGCAUCAGGUUGGGAGGCAACUCCACGCCAGUCCUAUGGCUUCUUCCGAAUUGAAAUUCUUGGUGCACUUGUCUCCAUCCAGAUUAUAUGGCUACUUGCUGGGAUUCUUGUGUAUGAAGCAAUAGAUAGACUUAUUAACGGUACCACCGAAGUUCAUGGCUUUCUCAUGUUCAUUAUUGCUGCAUUUGGUCUUCUCGUGAAUAUUGCCAUGGCGCUCUUACUGGGUCAUGAUCACAGUCACGGUCACGGUCAUGGUGACCACGGUCAUGGACAUAGUCAUGGGCAUGAUGAAGAUGAUGCACAUGGACAUAGUGAUCAUGCUCAUAGCCACGAGGAUCAUGGUGAUUUGCAUACUCAUGGAUUAACUAUCAAGAAACAUCACCGUCAUCAUCAUGGAGAAGGUUCUGAAGGACAUGCUGAUCAGCAUCACGGCCACGAAACAAAUCAAACCGAACCUCUUCUGCAGACUUGCUUGGAAGCCGAAGGUGACUCAGAACCUGGAACCAAACAGAAGCAGCAGCGUAAUAUUAACAUACAAGGUGCUUAUCUUCAUGUACUAGGGGAUUCGAUUCAAAGUGUAGGUGUGAUGAUUGGCGGUGCGGUUAUAUGGAUUAAGCCUGAGUGGAAGAUUGUCGAUUUGAUCUGCACCCUGGUAUUCUCAGUAAUUGUGCUGGGGACAACAAUAAGGAUGCUCCGUAACAUUCUGGAGGUUUUGAUGGAGAAUACGCCUAGAGAGAUUGAUGCGACAAGGCUCGAGAGGGGACUUUGCGAGAUGGAUGAAGUGAUUGCGGUCCAUGAAUUGCACAUCUGGGCUAUAACGGUUGGAAAGGUGCUAUUAGCCUGCCACGUCAAAAUAAAGCGCGACACCAACGCCGAUAUGGUCCUGGACCAGGUCGUAGACUACAUCAGAAGAGAGUACAAUAUAAGUCACGUCACCAUUCAAAUCGAAAGAGAGUGGAUGUCGGAAGGUGACUGAUUUAGUUUUGGUAUUGUAUAAGGAUGGUAGAGUUUGGGUCACAUUUUAGCUCCAAAUUUGGUUGGAUGUUGCUGUUUUGUCCUUUUUCUCUUAGCUGGGCCUCUGAGGCUCUUCAGGAUUAUGAUGUGAUGUACUCACCUUGUGUCUAGUUUCUUUGACUACGAUUACUAGUUCGUUAAGUAUUAAA